CACACGACGGCUAUUCCAACAACUACAAUCACUACUCGGGCUACAGGCCACCCUACGGCAGCCCCGGCUACGGCAUGAUCAGCUCGCCCAGGGCGAACAGUAUGGGCGGCGGUGGUGGCGGGCACCACCAUCAUCAUCACUCCGGCAAACAGCAGCCGCCGCCGCAGCACAGCAGCAGCAGCAGCAACAACAGCCGCAGCAGCAGCAGCAGCAACAGCCGCCCUUGGCCGGGGCCUUCCAGCGCUACUCGGGCCAGAGCCAGCACUCCGGAGCCACGCCAACCCUCAACCAGCUCCUCACCUCCCCCAGCCCCAUGAGGGGAUACGGCUUCUCGGACUACAGCAACCCCGGCGCCUCGCAGGCCUCUCUCAAAGGGAGCGACAUGGGCUCUCAGUACGGAGUAGGCAGCAGCCAAGCCUGGGGUGGUGGUGGUGGUGGUGGUGGUGGCGGAGCGACAACUGGACAAGCCCGCAGCCAUCCGGCUAUGAGCCCCGGUAGCACGGCUCAGGCUCUGGGCAGGACGCAGGGGAAUCCAGUUGAUCAGAUGGGCAUGAAGAGACCCCAGCUGUAUGGGAUGAAUAACAAUCCUUAUUCACAGCAGCAACAGCAGCAGAGUGGCUCUUAUCCUGCCCAACCAUAUGGACCACCCACUCCGCAGCGCUAUCCAAUGACCAUGCAGAGCAGGAAUCAAAGUAACAUGGGAGGAAUGCAAUAUCCACAGCAACAGAUGCCCCCACAUUAUAGUCAGCAGAGCAUGAGUGGUUACUGUCAGCAGGGCCAGCAACCGUACUACAAUCAACAACAGCAACAACAGCAACAGUCAUCAUACAUGCAGCAGGCACAACAGAGGUACCAAGCCCAGCAGGAUAUAACUCAGGAAGGCUACGGAACCCGGACUGCGCCACCAUUGACAUCUAGCAAGCCAAACCAUGAAGAUUUGAACUUGUUACAGCAAGAGAGACCAUCAAGUUUACCUGAUUUGUCUGGAUCCAUUGAUGACCUACCAACGGGGACGGAAGGAACUUUAAGUUCUGGCGUGAGUGCUUCAGGAUCCUCCAGUGGCCAAGGAGAACAGAGUAAUCCUGCUCAGUCUCCCUUCUCGCCCCAUGCCUCCCCUCACCUCUCUGGCAUACGGGGGCCCUCUCCCUCUCCCGUUGGCUCCCCUGUUGGAAGUAACCAGUCCAGGUCUGGGACCUUGUCCCCAGCAGGUGUACCAGGAAAUCAGAUGCCUGCUCAACCUUCCAAUAGUCAACCCGACGCAAGCUCACAUCCGGCCAUGAACCAGUCUCCAAUGUUGCAGGAUAGAGGUUUCAUGCCAAGUGUCCAGAGAAAUGCACAAGUCUCUCAAUACGGAUCCCAGCAAACAGGUGCUCCCAUGUCACCACAUCCAUCACCUGUUGGACAGAUGCACAGUGCCAUGGGGCCUUAUCAGCAGCCCAAUUCCAGCAGCCCUUAUGGUCCCCAAAGCGCCCAAUUUGGGCCUCAAGGUAAUUAUCCCAGACCGCCUAAUUAUGGUGGAGUACCGAACACCAACUACAGUGGUCCAGGUCCAGGCUUGACUAACAACAUGAGUAUGAAUAUGAACAACCAGAUGCAUGGUCAGGGCCCAGCUCCACCUUGCAGUAACAUGACAGUGGGCAGGAUGUCAUCAUCGGGGAUGUCGAACUGGCCUUACUCUGGCAACACGAGUAAUAUGACCCCAAACUCUCCAGGCAUGUCACAGCAGGUUGGCGUGGGGAUGGGACCUCCAAUGGCAGCUGUAAAUCGCAAGGCACAGGAGGCUGCUGCUGCUGUGAUGCAGGCUGCAGCAAACUCUGCUCAAAACAGGCAAACGGGAUACACUGGCAUGAACCAAAGCGGAAUGAUGGGCUCUAGCUCUCCCUACAGCCAGCCGAUGAACAACACCUCUUUAAUAAUGAAUUCGCAGACCACUACUUACAACAUGGCAUCUAAUAUGGUGAACAGCUCCUCAGUUUCAAUGAAUCUCGGAGCAGACAUGAUGACUCAGGGCGAUUCCAAACUGCAGGUACUUCAGAAAAUGGAUAUCAAAGAAGAAGGCUUCCCUAUAACCGAGACCAAGUCUAAGAAAUCAAACUCUUCUACAACCGGUGAGAAAAUAACCAAGCUGUACGAACUUGGUAGCGAACAGGAGCGUAAAAUGUGGAUAGACCGUUAUUUAUCCUUCAUGGAGGAGAGAGGGACUCCAGUGGCCAGUUUACCUGCCGUGGGCAAGAAGCCUUUAGAUCUUUAUCGACUUUACAUUUGUGUUAAAGAAAUUGGCGGUCUGGCACAGGUUAACAAAAACAAAAAAUGGCGUGAACUGGCAACAGCCCUGAGCGUGGGUACAUCAAGCAGUGCAGCAAGCUCCCUUAAAAAGCAGUACAUUCAAUACCUGUUUGCCUUUGAAUGUAAGAUUGAACGUGGAGAGGAGCCCCCUCCUGAAAUAUUUAGUUCUGCUGAAUCUAAAAAGCAGCCUAAAAUACAACCCCCUUCUCCUGCAGGUUCAGGUUCCUUACAAGGACCACAGACACCUCAGUCCACAAACAGCCCGAUGGGCGAAAGUGGGGAUUUGAAACCACCAACACCUGUAUCAACGCCUCAUGGACACAUGACGCCCAUGCAAGGGAACAGGAAUAAUGCAAUCAGCGUGCAGGAUCCCUUCUCGGAUGUUAGUGACCCAGCAUUUCAGAAAUGGGGCUCCAUGACACCGAAUACACCAUACCAACCAGGCAUGAAUAUGCCUGAAAUGAUGAAUCGAAUGUCAUAUGAACCCAAUAAGGAUCCCUUUGGUGGUAUGAGGAAAGUGCCUGGAUGUAAUGACCCUUUUAUGCCUCCUGGAGUAAUGCCUAACAGUGGGAUGCAGGAUCUGUACAACCGUUCACCAUCAGGAGCAAUGGGCAACAUGAGUAUGGGCCAGCGACAACAGUAUGCUUAUGGAUCUGGCUACGACAGGAGGUCUGAACAUGGAAUGGGUCCUGAAGGCAGUAUGGGACCUCCAGGUGGUCAGUCUAACAUGAUCCCUUCCAACAGUGACCCAAGUAUGUACUCGCCAAACCGCUACCCUGCACAACAAAGGCAUGAUCUUUAUGGGCAACAAUACCCAGGCCAAGGACCCCCUUCAGGACAAACACCAUAUGGAGCACAUCAAACUGGAAUGUACCCUCAGCAGCAGGUGCAGAGUUACAAACGGCCCAUGGAGGGCAUGUAUGGUCCCCCACCAAAGCGCCAUGAAAGUGACAUGUACAAUGUACAAUAUGGUAGCCAGCAGCAGGAAAUGUACAAUCAAUAUGGCAAUGCUUAUACGGGACCUGACAGGAGAUCCAUGCAAAGUCAGUACCCAUUGACGUAUAAUAGAGACAGAAUGCAGGGUCCAGGUCCGAUGCAACAGCAUGGGAUGCCACCACAAAUGAUGGGCGGACCGAUGCAAGUGUCGUCCACUGAAGGGCCACAGCAGGGGAUGUGGCAAUCAAGGAACGAUAUGCCUUAUCAAUAUCCAAACCGGCAAGGCCCUGGAGGGCCUCCACAGGCAUCGCCAUACGCAGGGAUGAACCGCACUGAAGAAAUGAUGUUACCUGAUCAGAGAAUGAAUCACGAAGGUCAAUGGCCUUCGCAUAUGAACCAACGGCAGCCUUCAUACUUGCCUUCUGCUUCCAUGGUUCCUAUCACACGGCCGGCUCAGUCCUCCUACCAGACUCCUCCUUCAAUGCCAAACCACAUUUCCAGGGCCCCCAGCCCAGCCCCAUUUCAACGGUCUCUAGAAAACAGAAUGUCCCCCAAUAAAUCUCCUUACAUGUCGUCCAUGAAGAUGCAGAAAGUUGGGCCUCCGGUUCAAGCCUCUCAGGUUGCUGUUCCACACCAUCAUCCUCCCUCUGUAAGGCACGAGAUUACCUUUCCUCCUGGUUCAGUGGAAGCAUCACAACCGCUCUUAAAAGCAAGGCGAAAACUUACCUCAAAGGAUACUGGAGCACCAGAGGCAUGGCGGGUUAUGAUGUCCCUCAAGUCCGGCCUUCUGGCUGAAAGCACUUGGGCACUGGAUACCAUCAACAUCUUACUGUACGAUGAUAGCACUGUAGCGACAUUCAACCUCUCGCAGUUGUCUGGUUUCCUGGAACUCCUGGUGGAAUAUUUCAGAAGAUGCUUGAUAGAAAUAUUUGGCAUUUUGAAAGAAUACGAGGUUGGAGAUCCCGGUCAGAAGGCUCUGCUUGAUCCCGAUAUAUUUAAGAAAGAUGAUGCUAAAGAUAUUAAAGAUGAUAUUAUGGAGGAGGGAGAGGGCGAAGAAAUGGACGAAGCCUGUGGCGAUGGCGACAACGUUCGAGAAGAAAAUGAUCUAUCGGAAAGUGAAGACGGUGAGGUCAGCCGUGCAGCGAGCGAUUUGCAACUUGGUGGGGAGAAACCAAAGCAAGCCAGUAAGUUUGACAGGCUACCAUUGAAGAUUGUGAAGAAGGACCUUUGUGUCGUGGACCGUACAAGUAAACUUGGUCGCGUUCAGGAGUUUGACAGUGGUUUGCUUCAUUGGAAGAUUGGUGGAGGCGACACGACAGAGCACAUUCAGACCCACUUUGAGAGCAAAAUGGAAAUACUAGCACGCAAGAGGGUGUCGGGAUGUUUAAGUAGCCCGGCUAUAGAGAAGAAGACAAAAGAGCACGAGAACAAAGAAAACACAAGUACAGAAGAACAGCCAGGAAAGAGUAUCGCAGCAACGAUAGAUGAUGUGUUGUCAGCUCGGCGUGGCGUCUUGCCAGAAGACCAUUCCAAUGGUUCGGCUUCUGAGUCAGAAAACAAUAAAUUUCUCUUUGGCAUCCACGAGGCGAAAAAACUCAGAAACAUAAAGUUGUUGGAGGAUGAGCCUUGCAGCCAUGACAAUGCGCCAUUGUGCACAGUCUCUGACUGGCGGGACUCUUUGGCAAAGCGUUGUAUUUGUGUGUCAAACAUAGUUCGUAGUUUGUCUUUUGUGCCUGGGAAUGACAUUGAAAUGUCAAAGCACUCGGGCCUAAUACUCAUUUUGGGGAAACUGAUUUUGCUGCACCACGAGCACCCGGAACGGAAGCGGACGCCGCGGACAUACGAGAAGGAGGAAGAGGAGGACGAAGGGGUGACCUGCAGCAAAGACGAAUGGUGGUGGGAUUGCCUGGAGGUUUUACGGGAAAACACCUUAGUUACAUUAGCCAACAUUUCUGGGCAGCUGGACCUGUCUAUUUACCCAGAAAGCAUUUGUUUGCCAAUUUUGGAUGGCUUGCUACACUGGAUGGUAUGUCCUUCUGCAGAGGCCCAGGAUCCUUUCCCAACAGUGGGACUGAAUUCAGUCCUGUCACCGCAGCGACUUGUGUUGGAAACUUUAUGUAAACUCAGCAUUCAGGACAACAACGUGGAUCUCAUCCUUGCGACUCCUCCGUUCAAUCGUCAGGAGAAACUAUACGCCACUUUGGUUAGGUACGUGGGGGACCGGAGGAUUUCAGUCUGCCGAGAAAUGUCGGUUGCCCUGUUGUCAAACUUUGCCCGGGGAGACACGUUGGUCGCAAGAGCGAUUGCGGUGCAAAAAGGAAGCAUCAGCAACCUAAUCAGCUUUCUGGAGGAUGGCAUCACUGUGGCCCAACUUCAGCACAGUCAACCGAACCUGAUGCACAUGCAGCCUCCACCAGUUGAGCCAACAAGCGCACACAUGAUGUGCCGGGCAGCCAAGGCUUUACUUGCCAUGGCUAGAGUAGAAGAGAACCGCUCUGAGUUUGUUUUACAAGAGGGUCGCUUGCUAGAUAUUUCUAUCUCAUCAGUUCUGAACACUAUGGUUGCAUCUGUCAUUUGUGACACACUGUUCAUAAUCGGUCAGUUAUGACAGAAGUGGGAACCCAAGCAUGUGUGAGUGGAGACAAAGAAGUUGCAUUAGAUUGGCUGUCUCUAUUAUUUAUCCAACAGAAAAGUAACCUUUGCUCCUCUGCCCCAUUUGUUAAUGAAAUUGGGCUUUAAACAAAGUCAUCAAUUUGGUCAAAUAUAAGAUGGAAAUAAAUAUUUGCUGUAUGUGUAUAAGUACUUUUUAAAACAUUUUUUUAACCAAAGUCGCUGUCUAGUACAGUCGGGGGGGUCAUCUCUAUCCCUAGAUUCCCUUUGGGUGUUACUUUCAUGUUUGUAUGAUAUUUUUGGAAGCAAAACAGGUGAAUUUUGAAAUGUGGCAAACAUUGUACAAUUAACUAUUCUUUACCAAUUUAAAAAAAAUGGAAAAAAAAAUGGGAAAACAGAUUAAUUUUGAAAUAUACACACCACAGAAAUGCUGUGCAAUAGAACUUAGUGAUCUAGGUAUAGGGGAUCAAAUAAAAAAAAGGUGUGCAUAGUCAACUGUAAAACACAAAAUAUAAAACUGCAUUAGCCUAGCAGCAAACAAACUGUUGCCCUGGGUUGGGGGGGCUGGGAGAGAAAGUGAUGAGAAAUAGAAAUUGCUUCCUCAUGAUACUGUCAUAUUCAUACCUUUCUUGACCUUCCACGGAAUGACAGUCCUCAACGGUCUCUUAAUUCAGUUUAUCUUUUGAUAUUUUCUUUCCAACAGCCAAAGUGCUGUAAUGUAUAUAGAAGUUGUACAUUGCGCAUACCCUCAAACUAUUUCUGUUGUGUUUGGUUUUUUUUUCUGUUUCUUUUAGAAUGAGGUUUACAGUUUUCCCUUCUCCAUGAUGUGGUAAGGUUUAAAAAAAGUGGUAGAUUUUAAUUAUUUUUUUUAUUAUAUAUUUUUGGCCAUAUCUCCGAUGAGGGUGAUGUACAAGUUUCUGUAUGUAUAAAGUUGUGCUCUAUUUCAAGGAGAGCAGCUGAUCACAUUUUGCUUCGUAAUCAAGGUGUAGAAAAGGUUAAGUACAGGUAAUGAUCAGAAAUUUAAAAAAAAAAUGAAGAAACACAAUUUCAGAAAUUUUUCAGUGAUGCGAAUAUUUGUAUUUCAGAUAAUGUAGUUAAAACAUUGAUGUAAAUUCCUCCUUUUCCUCUGGCUUAAUGAAUAUCAUUUAUUCAGUAUAAAAUCUUUAUACUAUAUGUUCCACAUGUUAAGAAUAAAUGUACAUUAAAUCUUGUUAAGUGCUGUGAUGAUCGUUCUUGAAUACUUUCUUAUGGAAACUACUGCUUGGAAAGGGUUUGCCUGUACUGCUCAGAGUCUAAUUUUAUGGUGGAAAAAUGUACUUGUACUGCAGGCAAAAUGCAGUUGCCUUGGCCAUCAAUGUCUCUUCUGUUCUAAACAUGGACAGGCCUUGAUGCAACAGAGGUCCCAGAAGUAGCAGGAUACCCUGAUCAACGACACUGUAAAAUACUGAUGUUAAACAUAGUCUUGGAUGGCCUGAAAGAAGUGGAUGUAGCACAUGGGUCUUCUGAACUGAAACAGCAAUGCAACCUUUGACACAUUCAUUUAAUUUUGUUUUUAACCGGUUGUACUGUUAUGUUAUUUAUGGGAGUUUUUCAUUUGCAAUUACUUGUAUCAAGUUUAACAUUCGGAGAAGUCUCACCUUUGCUGUGAUGCAUCUGACGCAAUGUACAUGACAAAACGUCGCUUUGAUCAUUCGGCUGGUUGAAAAAUAUUGCCAGACAGAGUGUCAUCUGUCAUUCGGCAACUUGCAUUUCUGACUGCCCAUCAUUGGGAAUUUCAGUAUUCAGUUUCUACUUUUACUCUCUGUCGCCUGAAUGACCUCUCCAAACAUGUCUUUCAAUACUUACCGUCUGUUGUCCAGCUGAUAAGGACUGUACUCAAAAUGGAAGGAUAUUCUCCAUUCAUUGCCAGAGAAUCACCUCUAAACUAAACUAACGGAAACAAUGGUGUCUCCUUCCCUUCCUGCACCGUAACCCCAUGCUGUCACCUAAGGAUCUAUCCCAGGCCUUUUUAACCUUUCAUCUGCAUGCACCCUCUCAACAGCAACAUCCAAAAACCCAUCAUCAGUUUCCAUGUCAAUGCUGAGGAAACACAGAUCGAUCUCAGUAUCACUUAUUGUUAGUACCACCAUGUUUCUAAGUAGUCAAACAGCUUGUCUAACAUCCCAUAGUGGAUGAGGAGCCAGUGUCUGCCACAAAUGUGAUUCCCAGCUUGUGAGCCCAUUUGCAUUUCCAUGACAUCUGCCUGAAACUGUAAUUAACAGUCAGAUGUUGGCUGAUGUGAUCCUUGGACCACUUACCCAUGUUGGCACAACCUAUUUUUACCUCCAGGGCAUUGCCCGACACCUACUUGCUUACCUGUCGCUGAAACUCACCCCUGCCAUUGUUACCUGUGAACCGAUGAAUUCCACUGUAUUUCAUAUUUGGUCCCUAUACUUUUUAAACCUCAGGUACUCCACUGUCCAUGACUCAAAACGCACUUAGCCCUGGUCACCCUCUGUUUGCUGGCCUCCAUUGGCUUCUGGUUAGGUAAACCUCUAUUUAAAACAAUCCCAUUUGUGAUUUCAUCCCACCGUUGCUCUGCCUCUCAUUAUUUUCUCCGCCCAGACAAUCCACCAUCAUCUAUUUUUGUCCCUUUGAGCAUCUCUGCAUUUACAGCUUUAUUUAGAGCUGUGCACUCAGCUCCUAGAAAUAUUGAUUCUGGAAUUCUCUUCCUUUCAUCCUUUAAGAUGCUUUUUUAAAACCUACCUCUUUGACAGAGUCACCUGCUGUGAUAUUUCCUUGUGUGACUCGUCAAAUGUUGUUUGUUGGCAUUCCUGUGAAACGCCUUGGGACAUUUUGUUACAUUAAAGGUGUAAAAAUAA